AUCGACUUUACUGGCGGACGGGCUUCCCGCAACAUGUAGGCCACUAACCGAGGGGGGAAAGCGCAUAUAUAAGACAGCCUCUCACCUGCUUGCCUUCCCACGCAUCAUCCAUAGACUGCUCAAAAUUACCUUAACAUUCCACUGCCACAACAAAUCAACAAUUUGAGAAUGUCCAACUCUAUUCCCUCUCAGUUCACUGGAUGGGCUGCCUACUCUCCUCAGCGUGGCGACGAAAUUGAACUCAAACCCCACAGCUAUACCCCAAGGAAGUUUGAAGAUGAUGAUGUCAUCGUCAAAGUCGAGUGCUGAGGUCUUUGCGGUAGCGACGUCCACAUGGUUCGUAUGAAAACACCUGGUCCUACCAUCACUGGUCACGAGAUCGUCGGUACCGUUGUCAAGGCUGGUCCCAAGUCUGAGCACAAGGUGGGGGAGCGCGUCGGUUUCGGUGGUCAGGCUGGGUCUUGCAGAAGUUGUGCUAGGUGCAAGGACGAGUUUGAAAACUAUUGCCCCAAAUCUCAGAACGCUUUCUUGUCUCCCCUUGAGAGCGAAAGCCAGCCAUACACCCAGGGCGGCUUUAGCGAUUACUACCAGGCCAAGGGCCAUUUCGCCAUUAAGAUCCCUGAAGAAGUCUCUUCCGUCGAUGCCGCCCCUCUUCUUUGUGCUGGUGUGACCGUUUUCACUCACCUCAAACACUAUAAGGCUGGUCCCGGAGUGAAGGUUGGUGUCGUCGGCACUGGUGGUUUGGGACAUGUGGGUCUCGCAAUUCGCCAAGGCCACCGGUGCCCAUGUUACUGCCAUCUCUUCCAGUAGUAGCAAGCGAGAGGACGCUGCUAAGCUUGGUGCUGAUGCCCACCUUGACACUUCUGACGAAAAAGCUGUCAAGGCUGCUUUCAGCACCCUUGAUCUCAUCAUCUGCACCAGUUAUCAGGACAACAUGCCUCUCAAGGAGGUUUACCUUCCUUUGCUCCGUCCUCUAGGAAACAUUGUGAUCCUCGGUCUCGCGGAGUCUGGUUACCCUACUCUCGGUGUAUGGGACUUGCUCGGUAAAUCGGUCACUAGCUCUAUGAUCGGCUCCCCGAAAGACCACGCAGACAUGUUCGCCACUGUAGUCAAACACAAUAUCCGUCCUUGGGUGCAGACCAGACCCAUAGCGAAAGCUGGCAAGGCCUUCACCGAUUUCAGGAAGGGUGUUCCCAAGUACCGAUUCGUCCUUACUGCUUAAUGCAACCCCUGAAGAAAGAGAUGUAGUUAGAGUCAAGGAAUGUUGUGGUCUUCUGUAGCCGUAUGUAGAAGUUAUGGGUGAUGUGACAAAGAAGAUGUCGGAUGGUGCAAGAACUUCUAGUUAUC